AUGUCUAAAAAAGAAACAUCUUCCGACGUUGCCAUUGAUGCAUCCGACGACUAUGCGGUCGCCGAUGACAACAACGUUUCAGCUGCGUUUGCACGUAAGCUAGACUUUCCUCUCCCCGAAAUUUUCUUGACUGGAUUCACACAAAACAUCGUUGCUGGUUUAGUAUGCUUCUGUUGCCCGGGUAUGUUCAACGCCAUGCAGGGACUUGGUAAUGCUGGUGGUAGUGAUCCUGCUGUCUCCGCGGCAAUGAAUGCCGCACUUUACGGCGCAUUCACCGUGUUCGGUUACUUUGGAGGACUUCUGUUCAAUCUUCUCGGAAACAAGCUCUUGAUGGUCCUUGGAGGCUUGACCUAUUGCUUCUAUGCCAUCUCUGUGUACCUUUGGGGUCAAGACGAAUCAUUCGCCGCCAUGGCUAUCACAGCCUCUGCCAUUCUCGGUGUUGGGGCUGGCUCCUAUUGCCAGUACUGA